UGCCCCUUUUAGACACUGAUUUUUUUUCAACUAAUGUUUUUCAAGAGAGCAGAGCAGUGCCAGAGAGCAGAAUGUCUUCUCAAAGCCCUGAUGAAAAACUGCAGUACGGCCAACAGUAAGCAGUGUGUGCUGUUAUUGCAUGUUUCUGCCUACCCGCAGCUACGUGUUCUCACCCCUUUACCCCAUAGGCAUGGGCAGCUGAGAGGGAGAGGAUGAAUGAGCAGCUGGCCAAGAGACUUCCUUUGAGGCAGGUCAGUUAUGGGUGGGAUAGAAGUAAAAUAGUAAAUGGCUCUGGCUGAUCCUUUACACUCAAAAUUCCUCUCUCCUGUACUCUUUUCAUGCUGCCCAGGUGGAGAUAUUUUGAUCUGUGACCAUGCACAGAUUUGUGUAGCCAGAUUCUGAGAAAGGGAAAACCAAUAAUUAUUUAUUAAAAGAUAUUCUUUCAAAUCCAUUUCUACCUGUGUCAGGAAGAGAGGAAUAGCAGUGUUGCUUCCAAGAAGUAUACACUUUACACAGCUAGCAGGAUGCAUAUUUGUAGCUCCUGGGCAUCUGUUUGCAUAAAAGCACAAUAAAAUAGCCAUAAAUUGAUUUUCAAAUAAUUAAUUUAGAUUACAGCUGAAAGAUAUACUGGGGUGAUUUAUUGUAUUUGGCUUCACUGCUGUUUCUGCAGACAUGACUGGCAACAUAGCCUCUAAAUUCCAUUUUAAGCAAAACACAAGAAGCCGUACUAAAAUGCAACAGCAAAAGCAGCCAGUCAACCAAAAGAACAACUUUUAAUGUUCUUAAAGAUAACAUCCAGAGGUCGUAGUAUUAAUAAGACUAGAUUAAUACAUAGAGCCCUGCUUAAAACUUAACAGAAAUAGAUGGCAUUUUCCAGAGAGUUUGGUAUAAUAGAGAGUCCUUUGGAUUAAUUGAAGAUUAGAGUUUAUCAUGUCUGGAAUUACUUAGAACAGUGGGGUUUCAGCCAUUUUUCUUUGAGGCAUAGAAUAAUUUUUAACAGAGACAUGAAACUGAUUUAAGUCUACUGGCAAGAAGCACAUUUUGCUUAAGUAUGUUUAUGGACCCUUUAGAAAUAAUCCAAUUUCAAGUUUAAGAAUUAGGUUAAAAAUAGUUGCCCUCAAGAAUUUGUUUUAUAAAGGAUUUUUGUGUAUCUACACAUACACAUAUAUGGGUGUACGUAUUGUAUGUAUGUGGAUACACACACUUUUGCUGCUCUAUUAUGAAUGCAGCAGGUAUAUAUAUCCAGUUAUGCUUUUGCAGUACUUGGGUUCUGCCUUCUGCUGUUUUGAAUGAACAGUGGAAAACAUAUACCAGAUUUUAUAAGGGGAAAUUUGGUGCACCCACUGCCUUCUACACUUUCUCUUAUCCCUGCCUCUCAAUGUAAUUUGUAAUCUAUAGGAAGAGGGAAUCUUGGAAGGAUUGUGUUUGGGUUUAUGCAUCUGUCAGCAAUAGGAAUGUUCAUCCCAGGUGCAACCUUCAGAGCCCAAGGCCAGAGUGGGAUAUGGUGUAAAUCAGUUAAUCUCCAUUCCCAAACAUUCUAAUCAGCAAUUAUCAGUCUAAAUGAAGAAUUAAGAUCAUUAGCACAUUCAUUAAUGACAACAACACAGCAUUAUGGAAAUUAACACUCACAGUCCCAGCUAUACUAAAGACUCCUGAGAAAUGUCUUUAUUAGUCUCCUGCUAAAUGUCAGACUCUAUUUUUAUGGUUAUUGCUGCUAUAGAUAGUGGGCUCAGUUCCUCCUCAUGUGGCGGUUGCACUAAUAAAUGUUUCACUUGUGUGAACGUUUUGACAUGGAAACAAUUUUCAGUCCAAUUCAAAAACCAGGAAGAGGUACUGCAGUGGGUCACGUGGUGCUUAGUUUUGGAUUUAUAAUGAGAUUGCCAACCAUAGUCUUGUGUGAUUUAGUGAUCCUGAUUUCCAUUGAAGCUCCAUCUGCACCUCCCAAAUUCAGUGUGAGACCCACCUCCACCCUCUUGACACUUCUGUGUUUUGCUGUAAGACUUUGCAUAUAAUCAACAGUAAAUAGAAGAAUCAUUGUCUUUGUGUAUAUUGCUAUUACAUGUGACCUGCCAGAUCUUUUGGUGAGGAUAAAGCUCCUGAAGAGAGUGUGUAAACCAACCCCACACCCCCAUCAGUUCCCCACAUGCUGGGGAUGGGAGAAAGGGGGCUAUGGGCAGCUGGCAGGGGAGUACCACGGUUUCUUUCCCUCCAUGAACACACUGGAGCCUCAGUCUGGUAUGGGCUGUGUGAGGGUUUGUGUAGCUGAAGGAGUAACAGUGCUGCCCAGAAAGGAUGGAUAAGGUGAAGGUGUCUUUAUUAUGGGGCUCCUGUGUUAUGCAGCGAUGUGUCUUUGUAAUGAGUGUAAUAAUAACACAGGACCUAGUUCCUGCUCAGUGCUGCUGCAUGGGUCACUGUCCUGAACUACAUAUGUAAGGUAUAUAUGUCUCCAUUUCCUUCUGAAAGAGAUAUAAAAGUCUGUUGCUGAUGCAUCUGAAAUGCAGAGGUGAGGUACUGGGGACAGGAAAGCAUCCUGCCUGCCACAGCAUGGUUUUGAGCUGGGCAAUACCCAGCUGCCUCCCACAGCCUUGUGCUGAGGUCACCUGUGUACUCUGCCUGUGCCAGGUCCUAGAUCUAGGUCUUACGUGGUGGGUUCCGUUCUUUCUCUGGCCAGACCUCUCUUGAGAAGGCCAGCAACACUGCACGUCUCCUUGGGUGCAGUUCCCUGCGCCUUUUCACUCAAGGGCUGUGCCACCUCACUCUUCCCCACCAUGCUUUGGCUACUUGCUGUCAUCUCCAGCGCUGCUGGUGCAGAUUGCAUUUAAGCAACUAGAAGACUUGUCACCCACACGUCUCCACUCUGAAACCAGCGCAGGAACACCCAUGCUGGCCCUGCAGCUGGGCACACUGGUCAGCACUGACCUUAACGUCCCAGCACAGUGAGGAGCAUGGCUAGGCUGUAGGGAGCUGCAGGUCUGGAGGAGGAUCAUAGAAACUGGAACAGGAGAAAACCUUUGAGCUGAGGGUGAAACUCUUCAGGCAAAUAGUUUGUUUUAGGGCAUUAUCUUAUGUUGCUUGUUUUUUUCACAUGCUUUGGAAAGGUGAUUACAUGAUUGAGGUGAUUUACAUUUUGAUACUAAUAUGGUUAAGCUAAUGAAGCUGUGACAAGCACCGGCUGCUCAUGCCCUCCAAGGUGCUUUGUAUCUGCGUAACUUAUUUUGCUUUGCUGAGUCUUGAUACAAGAUACUGUUGUGAGACUUCCAUAUUGAUGUAACUGUCCACACUAGAAGAGCUUUGCACUUCUACUUGCUGGCAUAGAAAAAAGGAACAGUAUCAUUAGUGCAGACUUUGCACUGUGAAUGACCUUGUUAAGUCCCAAGAAUGACUUGCACUUGGUUAUCAUGUUUGUAAGCCUUUGUAGGAUCAGCUGCUCAUGUGAAAAAUUACCUGAUCUUUUACUUUCAGUCAGAUUCUAUCUGAAGGAGAAAUAAUUCUGAAUCUUGCUUUUUCUUCUGAGAUCAUUACAAUGCUAAAAGUGAGGCCUCUGGUUAGGUAAAAUGGCAAAUAUUUUUAUUUUUAUAUAUAUAUAAAAAUUCAUAGUAUAAUUAGUACCUUUCUGGUUUAUUUUCUAUAGAUUGUAUAUGCUAAGGCAUUUUGCUGUUCUCUAGUGGGCAAAUACAGAAAGUAUUUCAGCAUUGGAUGGAGAAUCAAAUUUUCACUGAGUAUAUUUACUGCCAAAAAUAUGUGUUUGAAUUCCAUCUCUCUCCAGCUUUGAAAGCACUUGGCUCUUAGUCUGGCUUCCAAAUGAUCUCAGGACUCCACAGGAAGAUAGGAAGUGAAACAUUUUGCUGGACUCGGGUGCAAGUUUUUUAUGUCUAAUUUUUAACUUAAGGAAGUACAUUUUCUGUAUAAUUGAAAUGCAGCUGAAACAUGGUGAAGGAGAGGUAAAGCUUCAUGUUUUCUGGGAAGCACAUGAUGCUUUGAGUUCAUCGGCCUCUUGCGUCCCUGACCAUCAUGUCUGGUGUCUUGCUAUGCUCCAGGGUAUGAUUUUUUAUUUAAUUAUUUUAAAUUCAGAGUAAUUUUAGACAUUUGUGACAUAAUAUUUUUCAGAAUAAACCAAAUGGCAGAUUUUGCCUAGAGUAGCUUUUUCAGGCUCGAGAACCAUUUUAACCAAACAGGACCUCCUGGAGUAGAUCACACUGGUCGUCUGACCCCUAACCAGGUUACAAAAUGGUUUAUUUGAAUAACGUUUAAAAAUUGUAUAGAAUGUAUUAAGCAUCGCUUCUUACUGUGACUAAUUUGUGCAGUAAACCCAAGGUAUAAUGUUUCCCCCAGUGCAGUGGUGGAAUCAAGGGUGCUGGGGGAGCAUCAGCCCACGCUGGAUGGCUAACACAGGCCUUGCCUUGUGCCCAGCAUGGGGGAGAUGUGCUGCCAUCAGCUCCUUGUUGAGUGCUGUGCUCACCGACCAAACGAUUGUGAUCUGAAUUGUAUUUUGUCCAUCAUCAUCUAUUGUCCUGCAAUCAGCUAUGGUGUCAGAAUCAGCAUGUUGUUGACUCUCCUUUAUGCUGUUAGCUCUCUUAUCAGUUGUCAUUUUUAAACACUAAUGUGCCUUACUGUCAUUGUAGAAGAUUUGUUAGCAAGAAUUUUCUAUCAAAUAUGGUAAAAUCUUUGGGAUUUCUUGAUCACCAUUAAAAGAUUGUAUUUGUUUUUUCUGUUGUCAGACAUGUGCUUACUAGCUUAGGAGAUGCUGCAGCUAUACAUUUUAAAAAGAGAAGCCACACACAUUUGAGCAUUGAGUCCCCAGUCCCCAUUUCUCCUGACAGUUGUGCUCCAUCCCUGCUGUAAGGUUCAGUGUAUACACAGCUGUGUGCACUGCUCUCCUGCACUGUAUGGUACACACAUAAUAGGCACACAUGGAAGUUCCCUGGCAAUGAAAACGGGGCAUUGACUGACGAUAUGUGGCCAGCAGCAGGAUUUCACCUUGUUCUGACUUCAGUUCUCUGUACAGCCAGCCUGCAGCUUGUCUCGUAACAAGUGAUAAGCAAUGUGAUGGCAGUGAUGUGCCGUUUGCCGGUGAGCAGCACCCUCCUGUGGGCCAGGUGAUGCAAGAAACGACGGAUUUGUUCAGGUUUGGUGCUACUUGCACUUUACAAUAUGUGUACUUACAGCACGUGGUAUUACAGAUUUAGCCUUACAAAAUAGCUGCAAUGUAUUUCAGUGUUGACAUAACAAGUUAUAUGACUUGGUCAGGUCAUGGCCAGUCAGUCAGAGCAGAAAUUAGAGCAGCUCUGGGUGCAGUUCUGGGCAGUUACUGUGAGCAUUAUCAUGUCCUUGAGUUCUGCAAAAGAUUUUCUUAAUCGAGCACUGCUCAGCUCUUACUUGAGGAUGCCUUUUACCUUAGGAAACCUCAGAGCCCAUGGUGUUAUUUUUGUGUUGGUGCCAAAAGAGCCGUAGGAGCACUCAAUUAUGGGGAAUGCCAGCAGGAGCUUUCUGCUUUUUUGAAAAGCAUGGGACAGCCACUGCCUUCAGCUGAAUGAGUGAUUCAUGCUGAUACAGAGCUAAGGGGCAAUCAGCAGCACCUUUAUCUGUGCUCCUCAAGGCCCUGUCUUACCUGUGAACAACUAAUUCUCACCAAACAUAUUCCUGCACUAGAGGAGACCCCCCAGCCCUGUCUCCUGGGUCACAGGCUGGUGGAAGCUGAUUGGGAAAGGUGCAUCAGGGAUCCAGUCCAUGCAGAGCCCUGCCAGUGCCUGGUAAGCAGCAGGCUAGAAACUUCCUGAGCACUUAGACCUUUGUCACAGCUUUUGCAGCACUUCUUCAUGAAGCUUCCUUCACGUUUCCUUUACUAUCAUCUUGACUCCCACCACACCCUGUGGCAGCUUGCCUCACUGCUUUGUUGUGUGGAAAAGUUUCUCCUUCAGUUUGAAAUCUAAUAGGAGAUCCAGUCUUGUAUAGCAGGUAGUUGGAGAUGUGCUGCAGUUCCUGGGCUUCUUACCCACCUGCAGGAACGUCUUUCUGUCCUGUGGUGUUGAGAUGUACCCUCCAUAGCUUGCCUGUCCACUGCCUUGGUGUGCCAUGAGCUGGUGCAUGCUGCUGGGAGAGCUCAGGAGCCCGCGCAGCUCUGCCUGACACAGAGCCUGCCAUGCUGCAGUGGGGCAAGUUGUACCUACAGGUAGGGUGACCCUGUGAGCCAGCCAACAGCUACAGGGGGAAGCAGCAUCCUGCCAACACGGCCUUGGUGCCAUGGGGGGCUCGUGAGUAGCAUACACGGGUCGAGCCUGAACUGAUGCCAAAUGACCUGGGCUGAAUGCCAGUUCAGUAUGAAAUAAAGAUGUGCCUCCCUGACUUUAUUCCACUGCAUUCAUCUGUAAUCUAUUUAAUCUGCUUACAGAGCCAUUAUAGCAUUUUCAAUUGCCAACUUGAUCAUUUGGAAAAGGGUCAUAAGCACUGGACAUUCGUCAUGCAGAGAAAAACAUGAAAACAGCAUGAAGUGCCACAGAAGUUAGCAGGGAAUUAUUUUUACCCUCCUUAUAUAAAUUGGGAGUGCUCCUCAAAUGCUUACUGUGAUGUGCUUGGAAAUGUUUCUUUUCUCCAUCUCCUAGGAGUGGGCAUCAGUGCUGGAGGGAGGGCUUGUAGCAGGAUGUUAGCAGAGUGGACCGCUGUGUACCGUCCUCAGUGGCUGCACAGUUGAUGGGUGUGUGACCUCUGCAGCCACAUUCUUUUAGAUCUGCUACCUCUGCACUUAGUUGCUUUGCAAGGACAUAUGGUCCAUCUCACAGCUUUCAAAAUAGACUAAAAAACAUGCCUUGCAUGUCUGUCUGCACGGUUAAUUGCUGGGAGUGAGCUGUAGCUUAAAUAGUUGCUCUUUAUCAUGUUUAUUUGUAGAUUCCCUGGUCCCUCUCAAACUCUGGAGUGCUGUGACUGCAUUACCAUGUGCAGUCACAGGGUGAAUGACAUUUUUUGCCUCAUAGUAUUUGUGUCUGGAGAGAACUUCGUCUUCGCAUUGCAUGCUCUGCUGUGAUCCCUGUGUGUUAGCAUAAACUUCCUUGCAAAGUAGUGGGAAGCUGCAAAAGCUGUUCUAUUUUCUGGGAUGUCCUGGUGCGCUGGUUCCACGUUCUCUGUUGUUAUCUCUUGCAGAAACGUGAAUAAUUGCUUCCCAAGAAACCAUCCAAGAGGUUCUGUUCAGCUUUUUUGCCUUUGGAUGCUUUUGUGGCAUUUUGCUCUGUCUCAGCAGUGGGACCAAUUCUGGGCUUAUCUCCUUUUCCUUCUAUUUCCCUUAAGAAAGAAGAUGAUUUGCAAAUGUAUAUGUAUUGACAUAUCAUUUCCAAGUGGAACUGAUCCAGCAGCCAUCUGAAAAGACUGUCAAGUCCCAUAUCUGAAGGGAAAGACAAGCAUCUCUCUUAGAUACCUGGCACCAUUACCUGGCUCACUUGCCUUGUUUUUCUGUAAAGCUGCGUGUGAUAAGUAACUGUGGAGCAGAGGGGUGCAGCCGUGUACUAAGCCAGGCUGGCCCAUUUAUGGAGCCAAGACAUGUGUGCUGCUAUUUGACAGGCUUCCAGAAGCCAAACAGUUGUCAAUGUAUUUACAAGCCUUAAGGCAAAUCAAAAAUCCUUGUGCAGUGCAGUUAGCUCUGUUCUAAGGGAAAUGAGUGAUGCCAGCUCAUCCUGCUAAACAGAAUUGGUGCAUUGACACAGUGGCGAGACUUGAAUUUGCAGCACUUACCCACUGCAAAGUGCCUGGGUAACAAUCUCAGACACAAUUUCAUGGGUUUUUUCUACUUUAGGAUAGGAAAGACAACAGCCCACUACUGCAUUUUCCAUGUACCUGGAACUUGGACUUGUGCUGCUCUCUUGCUAGCCUGCUGCAAUGGCUGUUGCAUAGAUGAAUGCUACAUUCCUCAUAUACUAUGCCGUAAGUGCAAACUUGGGAUUUCAUGCUUUCUGCUUGUCUUGAAAACAGAGGGUGCCAUGCUGCUGGCAGGCAACAUACUGCCUACAGUUGCAUGGUUCAGGCUGAUACCAUCUGCCCAACCCAGCCUUGCCCAGAAUGGAGCUAAACAGUUAAGUGAGUUUAUAGUGGCAAUAAAGAACGGCUCUUCAAGUUGAGUUUGAAAACAAACAGUUUCAGGAGUUAGCUGUAGUGACCUUGCAUUUGGAGCAGUGCAGCCUCACUCGGCUCAAGGUCACAUGAAGUUCUGUUGUGGGUUUCUUUUUUAAGCUGUCUUACACACAUAUUCUAGAUCAAAGGUGAAGUGUUUGCAGUUCCUGCCCUUGCCUCACCUCAUGCGGUAGAAGUGGUUUCAGAGAUGUACACAGUGCUCAGUGUCACUAUGUUCUUACACCCCUUCUGCUAGGAUGGCGAACAUAAAAUGACCUCCAAGCCACAGCCUGAACUUCCAUCACAGAGAGGACUGCGCAGAACCUGCCCUAGCAUGAAGGUUUGCUGUUUUGAAGAGUUUGGUACCGAGAACCUCUGCAGAACAGAAAUGCAUGGGGAAGCCAGCUGGGACAAGGAGCUUGAGAAUGUAAUUGCAGUGAAACUCUCCUGGUGCAAUGGAGGACACGUCAAGACAGAAGUCAGGACAGAGCAAAGACACACUGUGCUCCCCAGUGCCAGAAGAGCCUCCUUCAAACUUUAUACAUGUCAAACUGGAGGAGUAUGAGCCUGCAGACUUCAGCACCAAGGAACUCAUUCUAAAGAAUGCCAGAGAGGUCUGCACAUGCACUCAUCAAACCAUCAUCACCUUCUUCUGUCGGCUGUUCCCAGUGCUGGACUGGCUUCCCUGUUACAAGGUCAAGACACAGUUGCUUGGGGAUGUCAUAUCUGGGCUCCUGGUGGGGAUAGUCGCCAUCCCUCAGUCCAUCUCCUACUCCCUCUUAGCCAACCAGGAUCCCAUCUACGGAAUCUACACCAACUUCUUCUGCAACAUCAUCUAUGUUGUUAUGGCCACUUCACGCCAUAACUCUGUGGGCUCCUUCGGCGUCCUGUGCCUGAUGAUUGGGCAGUCUGUGACCCGGCACCUCCAGCUAGCAGGGUACAGUGAUGACAGCGCUGGCUCUUUGCUGCUGGGCAACUCCACCUCCUCCAGUAACGGGACGAGUGCCUGUGACAGGAGCUGCUAUGCCAUCACUGUGGCCCUUUCUUUGAGCUUUCUGGUCGGUCUUUACCAGAUCCUGCUGGGGGUUUUACAGCUGGGCUUUGUGUCUGUCUACCUGUCAGAACCUCUCCUCAGUGGCUUUGUGACCGGCUCCAGCCUCACCAUUAUCACCUCCCAGAUGAAGUAUCUCCUGGGACUGAAAAUCCCUCGUCAUGAAGGGGUAGGGUCCUUCAUCCUCACAUGGAUUGACCUUUUCAGAUACAUCCAGAACACCAACAUCUGUGACCUGGUUACCAGCUUGGUUGCUUUGGCCAUCAUAGUGCCUGUCAAAGAAAUCAAUGACCGGUAUAAGGAGAAGAUGAAGGCUCCGUUCCCCAUAGAGCUGCUGGUGGUCAUUGUAGCCACAGUAGUAUCUUACUACUUUAACUUUGAAGAGCGAUACAAGUCUGAUGUUUGUGGGGAUAUCCCCACUGGUUUCAGGAAACCCACUCUACCAGAUAUAAACCUGUUUUCCAGCCUGGCAGUUGAUGCUGUGCCCAUUGCUGUUAUUGGCUUUGCUAUGACCGUCUCCCUGGCAGAAAUCUUUGGCAAAAAGUAUGGCUACCCUGUCCGUGCGAACCAAGAGAUGAUUGCCAUUGGCAUGUGCAACCUCAUCCCUUCUUUCUUCUACUGCUUUGCCAGCUCUGCAGCCCUGACCAAGACUUUGCUGAAGGAGUCCACGGGGACACAGACCCAGGUCUCUGGCCUGGUCACCUCUCUGGUGCUGCUGCUAGUGCUGCUGUGGAUUGCCCCGCUCUUCUACUCACUGCAGACCUCCAUCCUGGGGGUGGUCACCAUUGUCAACCUGCGGGGGGGCCUGAGCAAGUUCUGUGACAUCCCCCGCAUGUGGCAGCUCAGCAAGCUGGACACGGUGGUGUGGUGGACAACCAUGCUGUGCUCCACGCUGAUCACCACGGAGAUUGGGCUCCUCGUGGGUGUCUGCUUCGCUCUGCUCUGUGUCAUCUUCCGCACGCAGAGGCCCCGAGCCACGCUGCUGGGCAAGGUCAGCAGCACAGAAAUCUAUGAGGACCAGUCCACAUACAAGCAGCUCAGCAGCAUUGCCAACAUCAAAAUCUUCCGCUUCGAGUCAUCUCUCUACUAUGCCAACAAGGACUAUUUCAAGACUGUUCUCUAUGAGAAAACGGGGGUAAAUCCUGGCCUGCUGACUGCUAAGCACCAAAAGGUGGAGGCCCAGGCAAAUGCAGACCCAGGCAAGAGAAAGAGCUUUUUCGGCACCAGGUUUGUCUGCCUGAAGCAAGCCAAGAAAAGGUCUGGGAAGCCUCCAGAGGAUGCCUGUCCUCCCUCCCUAGACAUGCACACCCUCAUCCUUGACUGUGGGGCAAUGCAGUUCAUAGAUACUGUGGGUCUCUCAGUGCUAAAGGAGACACGUCAUGACUAUAAGGAGGUUGGUGUUCAGGUACUCCUGGCCAACUGCAACCCUUCCCUCCGCCACCGGCUCCGGGAGGGAGGCUGGGCUGGUGAGGCAGACAGUGGUGGGCAGCUGGCUUUCCACAGCAUCCACGAUGCCGUGCGGUUUGCUGAACGGUGGUACCGUGUCCAGCAGGAGGAGAGCAAGGACAAGGAUGCUCUCCAGGAUGCUGAAGACCUGAACUUCCAGGUGUCUUUAUAAAGCUGUGUGUAAGGACUGUUGCCUAAUGGGGACAGGCUUGGGAUGUACUUGAGAGCAGUUUUAGUCUGCACUCAGAGCAUGCAUAAAAGACUUUGAUGAACUGUCAGCAGCAGGCAUGGGGCAGGCAUGGGGAAGGUGUGGAUUUCAGCAGACAUUGCGAAUUGGUGGAUAAUCCGAGCGGCUUCUCAAGGGCUGUCCUGUGGGAGAGGAGCUUGGAUGGGGUUUCACCCCUGUCCCUGUCGGAAGGGCUGUGGGGCAGGAGGUGCCGUGGGUGCCGGGACCCGUGUCUCGGGUGGGUUCUGGGGGGCACGAUCGAGCCGCGCUGCUCGGCUGAAGCCGGGGCCGACCCCGAGCGCCUCCGUCCCUGGAGCCGCCGCCGCCGGGGGCAGCGGGGCUGUGCCGGUGCCCGCUGCUCCGAGCGGCUGGGGCCGAAGCGCUGCCUCUGG